CUCACCUGCUCUUGACAGUAACUCGCCAGCCGACGAGGCGACAGGUUGUGUUGUUAACAAGCUCCGGCUGGAUGGAAGAAAGAAACUCUCAACACUUUCUUCCUUCCUCCCUCUUCCAGUGCGGAUUAAUUCCCCCCACUCGUUUGCGGAUUUUUGUGAUUUUUUAGUUUCUGCUUAUUGGUGCCUGAAUAAUGAAGACGAUUAGUGUCGACCCGCAUUCGACCGAUUCCAUCGGGACCGGGCCGGAAGAUGCCGUGUCUACGGGCUCGCAUUCGCCGCGAUCUUCGGUCGGUUCCAGCGGAAGUUUACUGGUUCUCGGCGAUUUGGCGCUGGAUGGGAACAGGAGCGAAGAAACGGGUUCUCUGUCGACUCCGACCACGCUGGAAAUGUCGGUCGAUCCGUUGCCUUCCGGUGGGGACAGUCGCAAAUCGGUAGCCAAACGGUAUCCGUCGUUUCGGGAUAUUUUCAUGAAACAGAUCAGUCGUGGGCGACGACUCUCUUCCGUCUCCAGCACGCCGGAUGCCGACCGUUCGCUGGAUCAGAGUAGUAGCAUCAGCAAAGCCAAGAAGAAACGGAAGAAGAAGAAGAAGGAUAAAAUGAACGCCACUGGAUGCGCUGGAUGGCUGGAAAAGAAGAAGAAACGUAAAAAUUCCUCCGGGGAAACCACCGGUGGCUCGUUCAGCAGCAGCGUCGAGAGCUCGAAUGGAUCGAGCGACCAACCUCCGCCCUUGGUCACGCCACAGGAGGUGGAGGAGAAAGAAAUGGAAGAGGAAUUUCACGAGAAUCCCGAAGAUCAGACCAUCACUUAUUUCACUUCCGGCUCGGUUAGAGGCGGAGGGACUUACACAAAAUGUCCAGCCGACUGGACUUACGAAGACGAUCUCGAUAGUCUUGGUUUGAGUGCUCCGCUAGUGAUCCCAAUCGCUCCGCUGGCUCAUUUAGCCCUGAAUGUAUUGAUAAGUGACCCGCAGACAUUCACGCUGACCAACUUGAGCAGUCUGAGGAGACGCGAGGAUCUGGGCAAGGGCGGUGUCGAGGACAUGAUUUCCAUUUCGGAUUUAAAUGAAGCCUCCCUCCUGUGGAAUCUCAAAGUCCGUUACGAUGGACAACACAUUUACAGUUACACCGGUAACAUUCUGGUGUCGGUCAACCCUUACAAAAUGUUCGACAUCUACGGAUUGGACAUGGUGAAGAAAUACGAGAACCAGAUUCUCGGCACUUUACCACCGCACCUGUUUGCCAUCGGUUCGGCCGCUUAUGACCGGAUGACCAGCCGGGACAAACCGGGCGGCCAACCGCAGGUGGUCAUCAUCAGCGGAGAGAGCGGAGCCGGAAAAACGGAGGCCACCAAACUCAUUAUGCAAUACCUGGCCGCUGUCAACAACAGCAAGAUCCCGGGCGGGACUUCAUCGGGAGGAGGUGCGGGGUCGCGAUCCUCGUCGUCGCUCGUGACGGAGCAAAUCCUCGAGGCUUCACCGCUGCUGGAAAGCUUCGGCAACGCCACAACCGUCCGCAACGACAACUCGUCUCGUUUCGGCAAAUACACGCAGAUUUUCUUUAGAAAUGGAGCGAUCGCCGGGGCCAAGAUCACCGAGUAUCUCCUGGAAAAAUCGCGGAUCGUGACUCACGCGGCCGACGAGCGCAACUACCACGUCUUCUACGAACUGCUCAAGGGCUUGCGCCCAGAAGAGAAGGAACGUUAUGGACUUACGGCCGCCGACAACUAUUUCUACCUGAAUCAGGGUGGGCAUUGCGAAAGCGCUACCAAGCACGACGGUCAAGACUUCAAGACUCUUCUGUCGGCUAUGCAAAUUCUCGGGUUCAACGCCGAAGAACAAGACGUCAUCUUCCGCAUCUUGGCUUCCGUGCUGCAUCUGGGCAACGUCUUUUUCCACCGCAAGGCGCUCAAGCACGGCCAGGAGGGCGUGGAGAUGGGCUCAGACGCCGAAGUCCGUUGGGUGAGCCAUCUGCUCCAGCUGCGCACCGACGGCAUCGUGGCUGCUCUCACCACCAAAACCACCGAGGCCCGUAAUGAAAAACUACACACGCCGUUGAACAUCGAUCAGGCCUUAGAUGCUCGUGACGCCAUAGCCAAAGCUCUCUACAGUUCGCUUUUCGGAUGGCUGGUGAAUCGCGUCAAUUCGAUCGUCAACAAGGGCGAACGAUCCACAUCGAUCAACAUCCUCGACAUCUUCGGUUUCGAGGACUUCCCCGAAAACAGUUUUGAGCAGUUGUGCAUCAACUACGCCAACGAGAAUUUGCAGUUCUACUUCAACAAGCACAUUUUCAAGCUCGAGCAGCAAGAGUACGCCAAAGAGCGAAUCGAGUGGCAGACCAUCACGUUCACGGAUAACCAACCGGUAAUUAGUCUGAUUGCCAAGAAGCCGAUUGGCGUCCUGCAUCUGUUGGACGACGAAUCCAAUUUCCCCAAGGCGACCGACGGCUCCUUCCUGGAGAAAUGCCACUACAAUCACGCUCUCAACGAGCUCUACUUCCGGCCGAGAAUGUCGUCCAUGGAAUUCGGCAUCAAACAUUACGCCGGACAGGUGUGGUACAAUGCCGACGGUUUCCUGGACAAGAAUCGUGACACGUUGAGACCCGAUGUGGUCGAUUUGCUCAUCAGCAGUCGAAUCCAGAUGCUAUCGAGAAUGUUCCAGGAUAUGAAGAAAGCUCACGAAUCGAGCAAGAUGCUCAAUCGUGGCGACGGCCGAUUUGUCACCAUGAAACCCAGGACGGCAACAGUGGCUGCCCGAUUCCACGACUCGCUCCAGGCUUUGCUCGAGUCCAUGUCCAAAUGCAACCCCUGGUUUGUCCGCUGCUUGAAGCCCAACAGGGAAAAGCUUCCCAUGAGCUUCGAUUUGCCCGUGGUCCUGGAGCAGCUGCGCUACACUGGAAUGUUGGAGACGAUCCGAAUCCGUAAAAACGGCUAUCCGGUUCGCAUGAAAUUCCACCAUUUCAUCGAACGCUAUCGCUGCUUGCUGACGAGAAGAGAGCGACGCAAUUUGGCUCGAAGCCCAAAUCCCCCAGGCCCGGACAUCUGUCGCAUUGUGCUGGACAGACACGCCCAGGGUGACCAGUUCCAGCUCGGCACCACCAAAGUGUUUAUGCGCGAAGCGUUGGAGCAGCAAAUCGAAAGGAAGCGAUUGGAUCAGAUGCGCGAUGCGGCCGUCAAGAUCCAACGGGCCGUCCGGACGUAUCAGCUCAGGAAGGAUUUCCUGACUCAACGUCGAAGUGCAGUGGUGAUUCAAGCGUGGGUCCGUCGCUACCAGGCCCGCAAGCGGUUCAACACGAUCCGCCGAGGAGUGAUCCUUGCCCAGGCCCAAUUCCGCGCCACCCGUCAGCGACGGUUGUACAAGGAACUGAGGGAAGAGCUCCAGCGAAGAGAAGAAGAACGCGUGACAACUAGGGAGCAAAACAUUAAACAACAGCAACAACAUCAACUAAUACAGCAACAAAUCCAGCAGAGUCAUCAAAUGCAGCAGCUGCAGCAGCAACAGCAACAACAACAACCCAAUCCUCGCGCCGUGGCUAAUGAAAUGGAGCGCGAAGCCAAGGCGAUGGCUGGAUUCAAUCAUUUGGAGAUUCCGGCCGAACUGGCGUUUAUCUACAGUAAACUGGACGAUUGGCAGCCCAUCCAUUCUGAACGCAACGUCGUUAAAGUCGUCGGCGCCGUUCCGUCAUCCGAACGUGAACGUGAACUGCCCGACGAUUUGGACCAUCACGCUUUCACCAAAUUCACCAGCAUUUACUUCAAGUCGCACUUGUGGGGCUCCAAGAGAGAUCCGAUUCAAACGCCUCUACUGCCCAAGAAUUCCGAGGCGGACACGGCCGAUUCGUUGGCCAUUUUCAAGUUGAUUCUGCGUUUCGCCAACGGGCCCAAAGCCGGCUCUCUCAAUGGGAACCAGGCGCAAUGGAAACGUGAAUUGGCGCUGGGAAAUUACAUCGUUCACAAAGGCAUCGUGCGGGAACAAUUGCGCGACGAGAUCUACUGUCAAAUUUGCAACCAAACGUGGCGCAAUGAAGACCCUGAAGCCGUGGCCCGCUGCUGGUACCUCAUGGCCAAUUGCCUGUCCGCUUUCCCCCCGUCGCCCGUCCUCUACAAAUACCUGCUCAAGUACGUGUCCGAUCACGCGUAUGAUGGAUACCGGGCCAUCUGCCAGCAGAAAUUGAUGCAGUCGUACGCACUGGAACCUCCACUGGCCAGAGCUUACCCGCCAACGGUGAUGGAAUGGAAGGCCAACCGCAAAUGCGUCAAUAUGGCGCUGGAGGCCCGCUACCCUGACGAUGAGAGUCGACACGCAGGCGUCGAAUCUUGGUCGACAGCCGAGAAUGUUGCUUCGUUGCUGAUGCGCGCCAGAGGUUUAGAAGGCAGCGAGGCAGAAGGCUGGACAGUCAGCAUGGCUCAGGCUGACGAAUUCUUCGAUCUGAACGGCCAGGAUUUCGUCCUGGACGUUGUCGCAGAGUUGGAGACUCCACCCGCUUUCCCCAUUCACAAAGGAGGACAUUUCUUGAAUUCUAGGAACGAAAACGAAUCCCCGUAUGCUUACGGGCCGCCCAGAACGCCCAACGGAAUGUCGCCGUCGAGAAAUGGGCACCGGAAUUCAAACAGGCAAGGCCGGGCACAUUCAUCGUACGCCGUGCACCGGGACGAGCCCGGCAGACGCUCGGCUGCUGUCGUCGGCGGCGGCAAGCGCUUCGUCAAGAGCGAACAGAACCGCUCCCAAGCCAAAAUGAGUCGCAGUUUGGAUAACCUUCUCCAUGUUGAAUCGGGGAACGAAUCGGAAGUGACCAACAGAAUGGGACUGUCACGCAGUCGACUCAACGACAGGUACCGCUCAAUGGACAAGCUCAAGGCAAGCAACAAGAGUUUGCUGGUCCAACGCUCAGAAAGCCAUCGUCACAGUGGAAGUGGACAUCACCAUCCCAGACCGGCAACAGCUGGUGGGGAGGCUGAAUGGAGUAAACUGGGACUGAGUAGCAGCGCCCUCAACAGCAGAUAUUUCAGCCAGCAGAAUCUCAAAGCCGGAGUUAGGGCUACGGACAGUGAUUCGUCCGAGCCGGACGAGAAGCCAAGACGAAAGAAAUCUUCCAGCUCAAGAUCCAACGGCCAUUCACCGUCAAAGAGGAAAGGCGGACGAACUUCAGAAGAGCGGACGGAUGGAGGUGAUUCCGACACGCCGGGAGACAAUGGCUCGGACCUGGAAAAUCGACGACAGCCCGCCAAGACGGAAGAAUAUUACAACGGCCGAAACAAUGGCCGAUUCAUCAAAGCCCAGCCUCCGCAGGGCAAUGGCAAGAAGACCAAGGGGGCCGUCCACAGUUCCAGGGCCUACAUUGAGACCCGUAACGCUUCCGAAUCGAAAGAACACUUGGCCAAAUCUUCGGCCAUGUCCGACACUAGUGAAACAGUUUCACUGACGUCUCACGUUCGUCGUGUUCGUGUUCCAUCGCAGUCUUCUGACGUGGACCAGUAUUUGGAUGAUUUGUUCAUGCCCGUCUUGGACGGAAACAUUGACGAGUACUCGGACGCUCGAUCCUUGGCCGCUUCCAUCAAGGGAGGCAGUCAGAAGUGGAAAGAACCUGCGGAUGUGACUGAUUUCGUGGAUAAUCUCAUCGCCGAUAUCCGACCGGAUGAAGAUUUGGAAGGAGCCGAUCAAGUGGAUUCAUUGGCCGCACUCAUUCAAGGUGGCGGCAAAGGUUUGAAGGAUCCCGGACAGAGUUAUUCGAGUCCGUCUCGCGAAGCCCCGUUCCAGCCGAUCGGCAUCAGCAUCGGCACUCCGCAGCAAUCGCUCGGUCUGAUGUCACCAUCGCCACUUUUGAUGCCGGGAUUCUUUGGAGCAUACGCUGGACUGCCUUUCCCCAUGCCAGAUCCGGGACUCAAGUACUUCAACGAGAUUGCCUCGGUCCAGCAACAACAGAGUUCGUCCGUGCCGCCUUUCUCUUUUCCCUACACCACCAGUAGUCCUCUACCUUUCUUUCAAUUGCCUUCAGGAUUCCCAUCGAUGGGUGCACCCAAUUCGUCCAACAGCGGUGGGCCGACCAGCGGUAUGGAUCACGCCAUGCAACAGAACUUGAGCCGUGCUUUUCUCCAAUCGGCAGUGGCCCAGAACAUGCAGAUCCAGCAGCAAUUGAUGGCCCAGAAUCAAGCUCUUCAGCAGCUACUCAAUACGCCGGCCCUACUCCACCCAUCACCACUUCUACCACCUUCCACCGUUACUUCUGCUCCUCUGAUCAUGACCGUUUCGCCCACGUCUCCCGUCUUGAUGCAUGUCUCCUCCACCACGGCUACCGCUCGCCCGGACGCCGCUCAAAUGCGCCCAGCUACCAAGGAAGCUGGUGAUGAUGACGAUAACGAGCAGGGCGGCAGUCGAGCAGUCGACAUCCACGACGAUUCCGAUCUGUGGCGCAUCGAAGGACCUUCGACAGUGCUGGCCAGGAGCGGUUCCCGCGGUCAGGGCGAUCAAGUGCCCGCUCCAAUUCUACCGAAAUCACGCAGGGAAUCGGGGCUACCCGUUCUGGAGUCGCGCCAGUCCUUUUCACGGGCACAGCCGAACGACAGCACACCCGAGCAUGUCUCUAACUCACGCAAGUUAAGCCAAAGUCACGAACCUACCGUUUUCAAGGGGGCUCCACCUCCACCACCACCGCCUUUGCCGCCAGAGCCAAUUUUCGGCGACCCCAACGCAUCUCAUCACUUGAUGGACACUUACGGACGGGCCAAAACUGUCCGCAUCGGCAAAUGGAGAUGGCCGCCAGCGCGUUCGGAUGACGAUCCGGCCGUUCCACAGCUCACUGGAAGCUUCCUUGAAUUCAAGAUGCAACAGAAUCAACGAAGACGAUCGUCUGAAAACGCCCAGCCUUACGAGGGUGUUGAAUGGGAUUCUUUCGACAUGGAGUCUGAGGAUGCUAAACCGGAAGAAGAGAUUCAAGAUUCGUCCAAUGCUUUGUCGAUCUUUAAGAGUCGAGAGCGCAGCGUCAGCCCCGUCCGUCAACUGAGGGAUGUCAAAGCCUCGCCCGGAAGCAUCGGCAAACUCAAAAUCAGUUCGGAGAUGAGAGCCAAACUGGAACUGGUGACCAUUGCCCAUCAGGCAACGUCCAAACCGUCCAACGAAAGGUCGCCGGAACCGAACGGGCGCACUGAAACAGGCGGCGUUCGUAAACUGGAAGAUAACCGUCGCCUGAUGUUGCAGCAACAGCUGAGCGGACGGAAAUGGGAUUCGGUCGAAGAGGUAGAGCGCAUCACCCGGAGGGCUUCGUGCGAGGAACGAAGUGAUUUGAUCAAAGCUGUUCACCAAAGGCCUCCCGCCGACCAGGUGGAUAGAGCUCGUCGUAGUAGUGAUAUGUCAUCGUCGAAUACGCGGUCAUCACAGUUCGAAACGGCCCAGCGAUCCUCAUCUCCCCCAACCACUUAUUAUUCCAUGCAGGAAUCGAAUGGCGUCUCUUUGUCAAACGGAUUGGAGCCACGUUUAUUGGCUUCAUUUCCAUACGAAGAUCAGCGUAAAUCAUCCAUUGACGACGAACUGGCUACAAGAGCCCUGGAGAGCAUCCACACCAAGUUGUACGGACCUCUCAACGCUCCGUUUUUCACUUAUAAUAACGUCCCCUGGACACUUCACGUCCGCAAAGAGUUGUUCUCACCGUCGGAGAACGCAUUGGUCCAUCCACUGGGACUGCACUUGAUCUUCUGCCAAGUAGUCCAGGAUACGUACAAUGACGCCUGUCUCAGGAUCAGUCGUGACGACCGUGCCAAGAUGCAACAGAUGUUGGAGAAUUACGGCAUCUCGCCAGAGAACGCCACCAAUGGCCACCACAAAAUAACGCUCAAGCGCAACGUUGUCGAAAUGGCCAAAGAAUGGCCACUCUAUUUCGCCCGUCUCUAUCCCGUUUCGGGUACCCGACAACACGCUGAUGUUCAGUUCUUGGCCGUUUCACACUCUGGCGUCCGCUUGGUCAAGCGCCAGCAGAUCGGCCAACUGGAAUCGCUGCACGUGUUGCAAUCGUUCGGUUUCAGUGACAUUCUCAACGUUACAACUCCUCGAUCCAGCACCUUGCAGAUUACACUGAGGACAGGCGGACCGUUCCAGUUUUACACGCAACGAGCUACCCUCAUCAGAGACCUCGUUCAUCGCUUCGCAAACGAAGCCGAAAAGGAACCGUUAGAGUAUGUGAAAGCGGUGGCCAAUUACGUCACCCGCGAAUCGACUCUCCUCAGUUUCCACAAAGGCGACGUCAUCCAGGUCGUCCGAGACGAGCAGUACGUCGACAAAGGCUGGAUGUUUGGCAAAUUAGACGGUCGCGUGGGAAUCUUCCCGGCCGACUACGUUGAACCGAUGAGUCGCAUCGAGGCUCGCAAAAUUUCGGCCUCUUCAUCACGGCACACCAAUCAACAGGAUGAUUAUAGAGGUGGAGCCAUAUCUCCCGGACCCAAUCACGACACAUCGCUGGAUAUGACCAGCUCAGACAAUUCGCGUCUGGACGAUCCCGGAAGUCCGACUCAACCGAACGAUGGAAAGCAUUCGUUACUCCAGUUUGCUCUUUACCAUUUCCGACAGAGUCCAGAAAAUAGAUUCGAAAUGUUGCGUCAUGACGACGUGAACACGCUCCGUUCCGGAGCUGGCGACAACGUCAGCAAGUCGGAGAAGAAAAAGAACAAAAACAAGAAAUCAAAGGAUCGGCCAGAGUCGGUGGCCGGUGCUGACUGGACGUGGAAAGAGCAGGUGGAUCUGGUCAAGUUUACCAAGUCACCCAUUCAGGCUUCGCUGUUGCAGCUCGAUUCCAACGAGCUCAACAAACUGGCCCUGGAAGGUUUCCUUUCCAUCAUGAAGUAUAUGGGCGACUACCCGAUGGCCAAGGGACAGUCAGAAGUUGACAGUGUGUACACUAUUCUAAUGAAUUGCCACAAGCAUGAAGCGCUGCGUGAUGAGACCUACUGUCAGGUCAUGAAACAGACGACCAAUAACAAAUCUUCACGCCCGGACUCUUGUCAGCGCGGCUGGAGGCUCUUCUCCAUCACGGCUGCUUAUUUUAGUUGUUCUGAAGUGUUGAAACCGUACUUGUUCAAGUACCUUGAGACAGCAGCCUACGAUAAACGACGAGCUUAUCACGGAACGGCUAUGGUUUGUCUGCAGAAUUUGCGCAAAACUCUGCGAUAUGGUGGGCGUAAGAACGUGCCCAGCAUCGAAGAGAUCACGGCCAUCACGGCUGGCCGAAAUUCCAAACGUCAAAUGUAUCGACUUCCAGGUGGUACGGAGCGAGUAAUCAACACCAAAUCCACGUCGGUCGUCCAGGACAUAAUCGAAGAGAUUUGUGGUGUGAUCAACGUUCGAUCCGAACAGGAAAUGGAAGAAUAUUCACUGUAUUGCAUCGUGGAAGGUGAUACGUUCACUAUGCCCCUUGCCCGCGAAGAAUACAUCCUCGACGUCACAACCGAGUUGCAGAAGAAUCAACAGGUUUACUACCUGAUCUUCUGCCGUUCAGUCUGGCACUAUCCAAUGCGGCUGGAUAACGCUCUAUACAUUGAAAUCGUCUUCAAUCAAAUAGCACCUGAUUACCUGGAAGGAUUGUUGCUCGUCAUGCCUGGCGAGCAGAUUUCUCAAGAUUGCGUUUAUGACAUUGCAAAAGUUGCUGCUUUACUUCACCGUGCAGCUGAUUUAGACCACAUGCCUACCAUGAAAGAGACCAAAUAUCUAUUGCCGAAACCGGCCCUCUCUGUUCGUGACAUCAAACCUCCACAAUGGGUUAAUCUGGUCCAGAGCUCUUGGAAAGAAGUCGAACAUUUUAAACCGUCUCAGGCCAAAGCUCAAGUUUUAGAGGUGUUAGAAAAGUGGUCCCUUUUUGGUUCGAGUUUCUUCGCCGUCCGGCGCGACGCAGAUCCGGCUGAACGAUCUGAACAUAUUUUAGCGCUCAACCGGAACGGUGUUCACUUCCUUGAUGUCAUUACUCACGAAACUUUGAUGCACUAUCCUUAUUCCGAGGUGAUAUCUACUCGCAAAGUCAAAUCGGAAGAAGGCCCCCUUUUCCUGGACAUGAAAUGUGGAAAUUUGAUGCAGCAGCGCGUGACCCGCAUUCAAACAGAUCAGGCCCAUGAGAUAUCUCGCCUGAUCCGUCAAUAUAUCACCAUUCAACAACGCAUCCAGCAGCAGAGCGUUAAAGAAGAGAGUAAUCUGGCUUCACGCUGAUGAUCCAGUCGCUUAAAAUGACUGUUUGCCGUGGUAUAUAAAGACAAAAUCGCAAAUAAAAUUUAAAAAAAAAAAAGUUAAAAUAAAUAAACAACGAAAGAAAAAUUAUUCUUUCAACAUAGCCCAUUUUUUAAACAUUUCUAUGCUCCUAUUGGCCAUUGUGUAAUUUCUCUGUAAGAUUGGGACUAAUAUACCAUUUGUAAUAGUUAAGGAAACAUUUUAAAAAAGUUUAUUUGAAUUUGAAUGAUUUUAAAAUUUGGUUGAAUCUCGGUAACACACGGUAACCAUUGCACAUUGCAGCAAACGGUUAAAGAACCCUUAGUCCUGACUCCUGACUGCCAGUCUUGACAUUUCUCUGACACAUAAAUAAAGAAACACAUUGUUUCUGGGUUUUAACAUAUUAAAGUUAUAAAUAAAUGUCUUAAAUUUCAGUCAAUCCCUAUCCUUGUGGUUCAGGUUUUCAAAUCGUUUUUCAAAUCUUUUGCAGUCUGUGAUUUUCGAAGACUCGAAUCCAUCUAUCUCUAUCCCAUUUUUUCAUGUUUGCUAUCAGUGAUUUUUAAAUAAGUUAAAAUGUCUUUAUUUUUCCUUAAACUCCAAUAGCUCUGAAACAAAAACAGUGAAAGAAAACAAGUAAACAACGGAUAAAUUGCUAAAUAAUGAACAAUUUGGCAACGGUUAAAAUUUAAAAUUCAAAUUCAGCCACCAGGGGGACUUCCGCUGAGCCCAGCAGCUCAAGGACGAGGAAAAAACCGUUAGAAAGUUUCUCGUACUUGUGCCAGGCAGACAUCGUCAAUCAGAGCUCAAGAAUCUUAGUUGAAAUUUCGUAAAGUUUUAACUUUUUCUACUUCAGAAUUGUUUUCUUCUUACUUCAACACGAAGAAUCAAGUUCAUCUCCCACCAUUUUGAAGACUGCUUCCAAUUUAUCUUCCACAUAACUGGGAUUUGUUCCUACUGAAUAUUUGUUUCUUCUAACAUCAACAAGGAGAUCAAGUACAUUUCCCACGGUAUUCGAAGACUGCUUCCAAUUGAUCUUCCAUCUAGGUGGCAUUUGUUUUUUUUUCUUCAAAUUAGCAGAACAGUACUGACUACAGACCGUCUGAUCAACCCAAAGCACGGAAGAACAUGGGUUCUAAAAGGAAAGCUGAUGAUGUGACACCUGAAUGUCAGGAACAUAGUAAUCCUGCUAAGAAAAGGAAGAAUGAUGUUGAAUCUCUUCUGCUUGAAGUUGAAAACCAGAAUGUGGCUUUCUUGAAGUAUUUUGUCGAACAAGUUACUGGCAACUUCCCGUUGAGUGAACAGUGGAGAUUAGUAUUCAUUCCUGCCCUAUCUGACACCACUAUUUCAGACCAGAUCUUUCAUAUCCUCAAGAAGAAGUACCCAGACAUCAACCUCAUGAAAAAAGAAGAGAAAACAAAAAAUCCAGAUUGUAUGAUUCUACCACAGGACGCUGAUACAGAGCAGCUCAUUGAAGUACUGGAGCUGGUCGGCGCUGCGUGUGUUUUUUAUGGGAACGCUAAAGCUCGAAGAUACGGCUGGAGCUGCUGGUAUAAAGCCACGAAUCUGCGAGAAGGCAAUGCCAUUCCGAAGUCUACUAUUCUUCAAUCUGAAAACCUAAAACUUGCUAUGAGGAAAAAACUUGAAUUCCAAACUGUUCAAGAACUGGAAGGAUUGCUUCGGCAGAGGCGAACGCACUGGGCGACUCAGGCAAUCUUCACUUGUCUACGUAUAUCGAAGAAGUGUGACUGCUAUCCGAAUAGAUUUUUUGCCUACAAUUUGUUCAAAUUCGCACUUCAAGGAUGGGGAGACCGGAACGUCCCUCGGCCCCGCGCUUUCACAACAUCGCUCCACCUUUUCGAGAUCUUUGGUAAAACAAAGUUUUUGGAUCUACUUGUAAAGAAUGAAACUGACUUAGAAGAUGUCGUACACUCAACGUUCACCGAAUUCUUCAACACCCUGAGGGACCCAGUCAAGAAUCAAACAGAACUGGCUGCAGUAUUGACAUACGACAAUUUGAUGACUUCUCUGGUUUUCUCUUUCGUAUACCAGGUGAAAGUUUACGAUGACGCUCGAAAUGAUCAAAUCAAAAUCAAAGAUUAUACGAUCAAAUCAAAAGCCGACAAGCUUGAAGAAAUUUCACAGCUGAUUCUUGUUAUUCUCAAACUGCUGGUGUCAAUUCCGAAAUCGAAGAGUGAAAGCAAGCGAUUGAAGAGUCAGCUAGAAGUAUACAUCAACAUCUUUGAACUCAAGCGGGUAUCUCUAAAACCGAACCUCUUGCUUAGAGUAUGCACGUCGCACCAAGGAACACCCAACGAGUUCAAGCUUAUCAAGUUGUUGCUGAAAGCAGGAGCGGAUCCCAACGCUGUAGAUCAACAACGCUGCAGCCCUCUUCAUCUGCUGGCAAAUAGUGAACAUUUCUCCUCUCAUAUGUGGGACGAUCCUUCGUAUUCUACUCGUGCUGAAAACUUCACUUCGAUCGUUCGACUUAUCUUGCAUGAAAGAUUUCAUGACGAACAAGUUAAUUUAAGUGGCCAAUCAGCAUUGGAGCGUAUUCAAGCUCUUCUUUCGCGGUAUCCAAAUGCCGAAUUAAGCCGACUGGUAGGCAAUUUCUCGCAGGGUGUUCGUCCGUUAUCUUGCAUCGCAGCGAAAGAAGCUCGAAGGAAUCAACUCCCCUGGGAAUGUUUACCUGUGACGCUUCAGUCUAUGGUUUUGCAGCACUAGUUCGUUUCGAUACUGAAUUAAAUUGUUUUCCUUUUUGGCGUCUACACUAACUUCCGAAAUUUGUCGUAUUGUUACUUGUCUUUCGUUUGCAUCGAUUAACAACCUUUGCUUGUGGAUGAAUAAAACGAGUUAAUAACUUA